ACUACGAAGCAUGCCAAUUGACGGGCUGUUUACAUUGAAUUCAGAAAGAGGAGCUGUUGUUGUUGUUGCUGUUGUUGUGCCAGCUCCCCAAUACCACACCACCCAGGUAUGUCGUAUAAUAUGCUGUCCGCCCUUUCGCAUGGGCGGUUGUCUAUUUCGAGCGCCACAAGGCCGUGUAUGCUGCUGCAUAGAGCAAACUUGCAUCGUCAGGCAGCAGCAGCAUGCGCCUUCCCGCUUGCUCGGAGUCACUCCUUCUGCCCGCAUAUAGUAGCCCUCUCGCCCUUGUACCAUCCACGCUUCUUCUUCUCCAUUGUGCAUCCAGCCCACCAAGCCUUUUCCUCAGUAAGCAUGGCGACCGAAGAUGCAGCUCACGGCUCGCAGCAUUCGGUCCUCGACUCGUCUUUUCCAGUCUUGCUCCCUGAGGACCCCGCCCUGUUCAUGCCAGAGGGCGAGUUUCAGGCAUUCGUCAAGAAAGCCCUCGUCAGUGCACGUCAUCUGCAACUAAAAGACCUCGAGCGUGACAUCGCCACCAUCGACAAAGGCGACUCUGCAGCGACUCCCAAGUCAGACAUCAAAGCGCCCUUCGUUGCAGGAUUGGAGAAGCAUGCUGCUCACCAUCAAUCCCCCGACGCCCUGGCUGCAGAGAACAAGACGCUCACAGAGAACGCUGAUGUUACCAACAUAUCCUCAAAGAGUGCCAUCGUCGACUUGUUCUACGAUCUUGGCGAGAACACAACGGGUGAUAAGCUAAAGACGUUGCUUGAUGACGCCUGGCGGGAGGACCCGUUGCUGACGCUCAAGAUCAUCUUCAACGCUCGAAGCAUUCAUCUCGGCAAGAGCAACAGGAUCGCGAGUUACAAGGCCUUUGGCUGGGUGGCAGAGUACCACCCCCUUACUCUGCUUGCAAACAUGAGAUGGCUUGUCCGGCCCGUGAUCGAAAAAAAGUCCGCCAAAGACAAGGAAAAUGAUGAGAGCAAGGAAGGAGAUGACGACUUUGACAUGAUCAACGCAGAUGAGGCCAAUCCUGCCAAAACCCAUGAUGUACGAAACGGCCUCUCCCACGGAUACUGGAAGGACCUCCUUAACCUUGUCGUAUUCGCCGCAAAUGAUCAGCUAAAGUUCGAUGGCGACCCCUCCGCACUCCUCAACCAAAAGGCCGACAACACGUCGAAAGGCAAGCGAAAACGCAACUGGGACCAAGCAAGCGCAAAAGAGCUUCGACGGCAGAAGAAGAAGGAGCAGAAUGAGCGGGUACAAGAGAAGAUGAAGAAUGACCCCUUCUACCGAGCACUCCACGUCAGCGUCGCGAGGCUCUUCGCUGAGCAGCUAGUAGAAGACAAGGCAUUGCUGGACUCUGGCAAGAAAUCAGCCUUGAAGAAGCUGUCUCUAGCCGCCAAGUGGGCUCCUACUUUUGGAGAGUUUCAUGACAAGCAUACCUUCAUCCUGUCGACAAUCGCCGAGAUCCUCUUCCCUGAGCCAGCUUCGCUCAGCCCAGAUAGCACCAACCGCGAACUCCACCUUCGCCUUAUCCGUGAGAAAUAUCGCAAACAGUAUGCCUCGCCGCUUCGCAAAGCCCUCAGCAUCGUCGAGCGGGACAUCGCUGCCGAAACAUUCGACAACAUCAAAUACGAUCGAGUUCCCUCACUCGCCAUGGAUCGCUACACUGGUCUCUUCGUGAAGAAGGAUCUCGAACGCUUCAAAAGCUACAUUCAGGACGUCUCGACUGGCAAAGCGAAUAUCUCCGGGGCCACUCUGUUGCCCUCCACUCUAAUCAGCAAAGCGCGGAACAUCUCAGCGCACAACCCAACAGGUGCGAAAAACUUCAAAGCAAUCAAAGCCGCCGUGGAGGCUGAAAUACACAGCGAGGUAAUUGACGGUCAAUGGAAUACGCUGCUCAAGCGCGUCCGUGAUGCGGGCACCCUGCAAUCGUCCAUUGCUGUCUGUGAUGUAAGCGGUAGCAUGUCCUGGCCCUCAUUCAAAGACGGCUCGUGCCCCAUGGACUCUGCAAUCGGACUGUCUCUCCUCAUUGCUGAAAUCACCGCUGCUCCGUUCGGAGGUGGUUUCAUCAGCUUCCACAGCACCCCUACCUACAUCUCCACUAGCGGGGGAGACAACGAUGCCCGCGGCCUCGUCGACAAAGUGCGGUACAUUCAAAGCACGGAUUGGGGCUUCAGCACAGACUUCGUCGCCGUCUUCGAAGACGUCAUACUCCCUAUGGCUAUUGCGAAUCACCUCAAACAAGAGGACAUGGUGAAGCAGAUCUUUGUCUUCAGCGACAUGCAGUUUAAUGAAGCUGGGGAAUCCUCUGAACGCUGGACCUCGUCGUACGACCGCAUCAAGAAGAAAUACGCCAACGCAGGGUACGAGGUGCCGCGCCUCAUCUUCUGGAAUCUGGCUGCGCACAGCACGGAUAAGCCUACUACCAUGGACGAUGUAGAUACGGCGUUGGUGUCGGGCUACUCGCAGGGCAUGCUGAGGGCCUUCUUAGAGGGCGGUGCUUUUGAUGACGAGGAUGCUGUGGAGGAGUCGCAGAUGGAUAGUGACGAUGGCAUCACGGAGGUGCAUAAGGUGAAGAAGAAGAUCGAUCCGCUUACCGUCGUCAAGAAGGCGGUCCAGCACAAGGCAUACAACAUGCUUGAAGUCGUUGACUGAAGGUAUCCACGACAACGAUUGAUCAGACGACGUUAUUAAUCUGUACAAAGCUUCAUGCGUCACAGAAAUGAAGAGGCAGAGGCAGAUUUCUUGUAAUCUCAAAUUAGACUCCAAAGUCUCUACUCCAUACGACCUUUAUGAUUCUCAUUCCCUGAACUCCCAUCUCAGAUUCCAAUCUCCCUUUUUCUUGUCCAUUUCCUUUUCCAUUUCCAUUUUCCAUAUAUUCAAUACCUAACCUAUGGCCCCUGGGGUUGCAUAGGUGACUCCAAGUCCUUUAUUACAAAGACAGAAUACUGAUUCAUGCCUAUAUCAAAAAAAUCAAAAAACACACAAUAUAUCCCGACUCCCGACUCCCAACUCCCCUAGUACUUGAUGACGUUGUGGC